AUGAAUUCCCUUAUCCUGCUUAUCGCCACUCUAUUCCUGGUGUUGAAACCUUCCACUGCUCGACGGCAAUGCUUUGACAGUAAUGACUGUUUUGAGUUGCAGGUUUGGACACCUGCUUGUCCGGUUGUCGGCGAAGAAGGAACGAGUACAAUUCAGUUUCGAUUGGACCAUAGCGAUGGUGUCUAUUCCAAAUAUUGUGUAGAACCAUUGGUAGAUUGGGGACCAUCGUUUGAGAGGUACGACCGACAGUGUCAAUUCAACAUUAACCAAGACAACACCAUUGAAAUCCAGCAUACCUACACGUCAUCUGGUACAUUCACUACAGAAGCCCGCCUGAACGUGUAUUUGACCUUGUUCCGACCACCACAUGAAGAGCAAUUUGUAUCCAGGGAAGUCGAGAUUACGGUAACGUCUAACGCUUGCGAACGAGCACCCACUGCCGCACCCACCGCCAGUCCUGUCGCUGGAGGAGGGGCUACAACCCCCACCAUGUCCCCAAUUGAUAGCAGUGCGAACAGGCAGCAAUGGACGAGAACUAUGGUGUUGAGCCAGGCAUUGGUCCUCCUGGUAUACAAAUGCUUGGUUUAG